ACCACCUGUGCCGCCCCUGCCCCUGGGACUGGACCCUCUUCCAAGGAAACUGUUACUUCUUCUCCACAUACCAACAGGCCUGGAAGGACUCUGUCACUGCCUGCAAAGAAAUAGGUGCCCAACUCGUUGUCAUCAAGAGUGAUGAGGAGCAGAGCUUCCUGCAGCAGACUUCUAAGAAGAAAAACUAUACCUGGAUGGGGCUGUCAGACUUAAAACAGGAAGGCAGAUGGCUGUGGGUGGAUGGUUCACUGCUGAAAUGGAGGAAAUAUUGGUCUCCAAGGGAGCCAAAUAACAAGGGUGACGAAGACUGCGCAGCCUUUUCAGAUAAUGGAUGGACUGAUAACUUAUGUUCCUUAGAGCAAUUCUGGAUCUGCAAGAAGCCUGCAUCUACUUGCUCUAGGUGA